AUGUCCGCUGCGUACCCAAGGUCAGAGGCUGAGAGUCCUGCGGCAAAAGACGUAGAAAAAACCCUACAGAAGGCUGAAGCUGACAUCGGGAUCGGAAACCACGUAAAUGGGUUUUGGUUAGCACAAGAAGCUAUAGCACUUGCUGAAGGCUGCAUUGAGUGGGAUAUUGGCGAUGUUGUUUCAACACAGCAGUUGGUCGUCGCAAUGCUAAGAAGGUACAACCUGUUCAAGGAGGCUGAACAGAUAGAGGCAGAAAUGGAGUUGACUCUCGAAGAACUUAGCGAUGAAGAGACGAGAAAAAUGAUACAAGACGAAAUGAACGUACACAAGAGGCAAACACCAAACGGCCUGGAGGCGCUUGAUCAACCGAUUCGUUCAGGUCACUCGCAACGACACUCACCCCCACAACCAUCGUCAAAUACUGAAAACCCUAGCCAUACGUCAAGUACAAAGAAAGUUAUUACUGGCGUCGAGUAUGGCUUGGUGUCACGGACGUGCCCUGAUCAGCCUGUUCGAAGCAUGGAUGAUGCGGAAGAAUCUAGCCUGGGAGAUCAUUCGAUCAAAAAACCUCAUGCGCCGACCCCAAACGAUCAAUUUGGCACUCGUUAA